CUUGUGAAAAUCAAUUUUGUUAUUCAUCGCGGCUUUUGCUGGGGGAUGAUGUUUGAUCCGUAGCUCGAUAUAUUAUGACCUGAUCGAGAAAUCGGAGUUUCCGCCUGAAGCUUGUGUUUCUCUUCUCUUCCUCCAAACGCCCAUUGCGCCAGGAGAGAGGAUUCGCUUUUUUCGUUUUGACUUUUGUGUUAAUCUAUUCCCCGAUAUUUUCUCUACACCAUUCCGAUUGCAAAUCUCAAAAAAAUUGAAUGAUCGAUCCUAGGGUUUUGUGUCUUCGAUUGCUGAAUCCUCCAGUCGUCCUCGUCUUUGUCGAUCACAUCUGAAAGUGCAGAUAGAGACAGACAGUCAUUCAGCUCUUGUCUUACCUGUAGUGGAUGUUUGUCUUGUUUGGUUUUGGAUAAUGGGACUGAGAAACACCAGUCAAUUGUGUUGGACAAGAACCGGUCUGCUUUGAGAGGAGUCUGUUAGAUUCUCGCUUCCUGGUUAUUCUUCCAGGGUGUUUUGGAGAUGCAUCGGGUUGGAAGUGCCGGGAGUAAUGGCGGUUCUGUUCGUUCUCGUAAAGAGAAGAAGCUGACAUAUGUGUUGAAUGAUGCCAAUGACAAAAAGCAUUGUGCUGGCAUAAAUUGUUUGGCUGUAUCAAAGCCUUCUGUUCCCAGUGACCGAAACCACCUCUUCACUGGAAGCCGAGAUGGUACACUCAAGAGAUGGAUAUUUGAAGAGGAUGCUGCCUUUUGCUCAGCUACGUUUGAAUCUCAUGUUGACUGGGUAAAUGAUGCUGCUGUGGCUGGUGAAAGCACUCUUGUUUCUUGUUCAUCAGACACUACUGUCAAGAUGUGGGAUGGCUUGUCGGAUGGGGUCUGUACAAGAACACUCCGUCAGCAUUCUGACUAUGUUACUUGCCUUGCAGUUGCAGCAAAAAAUAACAAUGUUGUUGCAUCUGGUGGACUUGGUGGGGAGGUUUUUAUAUGGGAUAUUGAAGCUGCUCUGUCACCAGUUUCAAAAUCUAAUGACACACAAGAAGAUAGUUCUCCAAAUGGUGUCAAUGGUUCCGGGAAUUCUGUACCAAUUACGAGCUUACGUACGAUUGGUUCAAGCAACAAUAUCUCUGUGCAGUCAUCUCCAUCCCAUGGGUACACACCAACAGCUGCCAAAGGUCACAAGGAGUCUGUCUAUGCUUUGGCUAUGAAUGAUACUGGAACCAUUCUUGUCUCUGGUGGAACAGAGAAGGUUUUACGUGUCUGGGACCCAAGAACUGGUUCUAAGACUAUGAAGUUGAGGGGACACACAGAUAAUGUCAGAGUACUGCUUCUAGACUCAACUGGCCGAUUUUGCUUGUCUGGGUCCUCUGAUUCUAUGAUAAGACUUUGGGAUCUUGGUCAGCAGCGAUGUAUGCACACGUAUGCAGUGCAUACAGAUUCUGUUUGGGCCCUUGCAUGCACCCCAUCGUUUAGUCAUGUUUACAGUGGUGGAAGGGAUCAAUGUUUGUACUUGACAGAAUUGGCGACAAGGGAGACUGUUUUGCUGUGCACUAAGGAACACCCAAUUCAGCAUUUGGCUCUGCAAGAUAAUAGUAUUUGGGUUGCUACAACAGACACCUCAGUUGAUAGAUGGCCUGCCGAAGGAGAAAGCCCUCAGAAGGUUUUUCAACAAGCUGGCUCUUUCUUGGCUGGGAAUUUGUCUUUUAACAGGGCAAGGGUGUCCUUGGAAGGGUCGAGUCCACUCCCUGCCUACAAGACACCAUCACUUACCAUUCCAGGAACUCCAGCAAUUGUGCAACACGAGAUUUUGAAUAAUAAAAGGCAAAUUCUGACUAAGGACACUGCUGGCUCAGUGAAACUAUGGGAGAUAACAAAGGGUGUUGUGGUGGAGGACUAUGGGAAGAUUUCAUUUGAGGAGAAGAAAGAACAACUGUUUGAGAUGGUAAGCAUUCCGUCAUGGUUUACUGUGGAUACCAGACUUGGAUGCUUAUCCGUACAUCUGGAGACACCUCAAUGCUUCUCCGCUGAGAUGUAUUCGAUGGACCUGAAAGUUACAGGGAGACCUGAAGAUGACAAGAUUAAUCUAGCUCGUGAAACCCUGAAAGGACUGCUGGCACAUUGGUUGGCUAAAAGAAAACAGAGACCAAAACCACAAUCCCCCACCAAUGCAGAGUCUUCUCUAUCUGCUAAAGAUGCAAUGAAAAAUCUUAGCUCGUCAAAAGCUGAAGAUAGUAGUAGCAUUGGUGAUAAUGAUCCUUCGGUGUAUCCUCCUUUCGAAUUUUCUUCCAUCUCUCCUCCUUCCAUCAUUACUGAGGGUUCUCAGGGUGGUCCAUGGAGAAAGAAGAUAACUGAGUUUACUGGAGCUGAAGAUGAUAAGGACUUCCCAUGGUGGUGCUUGGACGCUGUCUUAAACAAUCGCCUUCCCCCUAGAGAAAACACGAAGUUGAGUUUUUUCCUGCAUCCAUGUGAAGGUACAACAGUACAGGUAGUCACACUUGGGAAACUUAGUGCACCAAGGAUUCUGAGAACUAAUAAGGUUAUCAAUUACGUUAUGGAAAAGAUGGUCCUUGACAAACCAUUGGAGACUAGUCUAGCUACUGAGGGGAUGGGUGUUUCAGGUGGACAAUCCCUGCAACUAGCUGCAGGAAAUGGUUCUGUCCAAUCUGGUUUAAAGCCUUUGCAGAAGCUUAAUAGGCCUUCCAUUGAGAUUUUAUGCAACAAUCAGGUGUUAUCUCCAGAUAUGAGCUUGGCCACUGUACGGGCAUAUGUUUGGAAGAAACCAGAAGACCUAAUCCUUAAUUACAGAGUGGCUAUAGCUAGGUAACUUUGAAGGUAAUUUCCUUGAAAGAGGUAAAAAAAAUCCAACAAACUGCUUCAUGGUGAGUGGUGUCAAGAUAAAAAGUUUUGGGGCACUACUUUCAGGCUCCAUCCAUUUUGCUGGAUUGUGGUCAGAAAGCUUAUUUUUGGUUUUAGGGUCUCAUUUAGGAAUCUAGACAUGUUUCAUUUCUCUUUCAAUUUUCCACUGUUAACAAAUAAUAUAGAGACUUUUGAAUUUAACGUACCGGGCAUAAUCGUGCCUUGAUGUAUGAUCCUCACA